GUGACCGCGGUGGCCCCGCAGGGUACGGCUGCGCGGGCACCUCCUCGGUGGGCUACGGGCUGGUGGCGCGGGAGCUGGAGCGCGUGGACAGCAGCUACCGCUCGGUGCUCAGCGUGCAGUCCUCGCUGGUCAUGUACCCCCUGUGGGCCUACGGGACCCCCGCCCAGCGGCAGCGCUUCCUGCCCCGCCUCGCCCGGGGGGAGAUCCUGGGCUGCUUCGGGCUGACGGAGCCCAACCACGGGAGCGACCCGGGCCGGAUGGAGACGCGGGCCCGGCACAACCCCGGCGCCGGCACCUACACCCUGCGCGGCUCCAAGACCUGGAUCACCAACUCGCCCAUAGCCGACCUGUGCGUGGUGUGGGCUCGCUGCGAGCACGACGGGCGCGUCCGCGGCUUCCUGGUGGAGCGCGGCACGCCCGGGCUGAGCACGCCCAAGAUCGAGGGCAAGUUCUCGCUGCGGGCCUCGACCACCGGCAUGAUCCUGCUGGACGACGUGGAGGUGCCCGAGGAGAACGUGCUGCCCGAGGCCGAGGGGCUGGCGGGCCCCUUCGGCUGCCUGACCCAGGCGCGUUACGGCAUCGCCUGGGGCGCGCUGGGCGCCGCCGAGGCCUGCCUGGAGACGGCGCGGCAGUACGUGCUCGACAGGAAGCAGUUUGGGGGCCCGCUGGCCCGGAACCAGCUGGUGCAGAGGAAGCUGGCGGACAUGGUGACCGAGAUCACGCUGGGGCUGCACGCCUGCCUGCGGCUCGGCCGCCUCAAGGACGAGGGCAGGGCUGCCCCCGAGAUGGUGUCGAUGCUGAAGCGGAACUCGUGCGGGAAGGCGCUGGGCAUCGCCCGGGACGCGCGGGACAUGCUGGGGGGCAACGGCAUCUGCGACGAGUUCCACGUCAUCCGGCACCUCAUGAACCUCGAGGCCGUCAACACCUACGAGGGCACCCACGACAUCCACGCGCUGAUCCUGGGCCGCGCCAUCACCGGCAUCCAGGCCUUUGCCCCGGCCAAGGGGGCCUAGAGGGGACACAGCAGAGGGCACGGCGGGGACGCGGUGGCACCGCCGGGGACCGGCUCUGCUCCUCGCGGCGAGGGGCGCCAGGAGAUGUGGCACUGAGCGGGGCCAGUGCCACCAACCAGAGCCAGGCGUCCCCAGAAGUGUCACUGGCGGGACCCGGUGUCACCAAGGACAUCCCGUGUCGUUGAUGGGACCCAGUGCCACCAGCCACACAUCGUGCCACCGACAGGACCCAGUGUCACCAACGGGACCAGGUGUCACCAAGGACAUCUUGUGUCAUUGAUGGGACCCAGUGCCACCCCAGCCAAACCUCGUGCCACCAGCGGGACUCGGUGUCACCGACAGGACUCGGUGUCACCCAGGGGACCCCGCUGGUGCUGGCGCCGUGCCCGGUGCCACCCCGGUGCCUUCGCCACCCCCGUGGCCAAUAAACGGUGGGACAGCCCCUCCAUGCCAGC